AUGCAGUUAUGUAGUGGUGACAGCUUUGUGGUGAGUGAUGGGUUUAUGUCAACGCAUGCCGUACUCGUGACACCAUUGUCCUCGCAGCCCCACAAGGUCGGGUCGGACCGAUUGAUGGGGGUUUCGCCGGCCCAGGUUGGAAGCGGAGAACGCGUGCGAGAAUUGGCCGUCUUGGAACACGAAAAGUACAAGUGUAGACAACCGUGCGGUGAGGCACGGUAGGGUACACCAACCAGCCAUGGAGACGUCCAGGUUAAGAGAUGGAUGGAGGGAAUGUUUCAGAGCUAUGGUGUGCUGGGAGAGUGGGAAGAAGGGGGAAGCAAGUGAUGACGCAUGAUUAGCCCAUAAGCUCAUGCGUAGAGGGCUCUGAUAGAGGCGUAGGACCAACGCUCCCGACUCGUGUACGCUGUUUCGCUGGAAGUGAGGGGCAUCGACUCGUGACUGCCCGCUUCCGGGACUGUCUAGUCGCAAGGCAGCACUAGGGCUGGUUUUUUCGUUUGCAAAGGGCCGUGGUCUCUUCUGUUCUCUUGGUUUGGAGUGAAAGUCUAGAGAGUCCUAUCAAGAGAGUCCUAUCAAAGUGAGCUUCUUGGGAAGGGGGCGGGUCGCAGUCGGGAUUACUGCUCCAGCG